GGAAGCCCUGUACUUGCUGCACACCUUUUUCGUGAUAACGAUCAAUUUUCCCGACUAUCUGCAAGUGCUCAGACUCGGCUGUCUCCUAAAUUCCUCAAUAAGUGGCAGGAAAUUGAUAUUCUGAAGUUUCUACCUGAUGCCAUCGGGGACGAUUUAGCGGGUCGUAUCGAAGUACUUCAGCAAAAAAUAUUGUGUGAAAUGCAAUCCGUUGAAGAGUCUCUGAAGGAUAACCAACGGGGAUAUGAGAUGCAAGGGCUGGUUUGUGUACGCUGUGGAAGAACUCAUCCUGUUUCAGCGGGAAAGUGCCAUGCCUGCCGCAAUGACCAGCUCUACACCAAACAUUGCACCGGUGAGCACCGCGUGGCAGAAUAUUUCUCAGCCUUAAGGAAAUCUGAGCUCUGGCCUUCUGUGCACCCGUUUCGAACGUGUUCUGCAGAGACCAUUGCCUUGCGUAUUUCUCGUGCAAAAGUAAACUUGAGACAUAACUGCGGUGCUGGUAACGUUUGCCCUCUCGAACUGGAACUAGAUAUGCUGGCUCAGAAAGUGGACAUGAUCUUGAGAAAGCUUAAAGGAUUCAAGCUCUAUCCCCUUUGUCGAGAGGAUCUCUAG